UGUGACUGAUGUGAAAACCAAUAUAAAAACAGGCGCAACCUCACACCUUCGCUUCUAGGCAGAGCGAGGAAAACAAAAUUAGAUCCUCACUAGUAAUAUUCUAUGGAAGCAGAGGAGAACAAUGCAAGGCUCAUGAGGAGUACUAGUGGUGUUGGCGGCAGCGGCAGCGGCGGUGGCGGUGAUAGUCCGCAGCACGUGAGAGACACGUGCAGAUCGUUCAGGGAGAAAUGCAGCCAUAUGGCGAAGAAGCAGAGGGCUAAAUUCUACAUUCUCCGCCGUUGUAUUGCCAUUCUUGUUUGCUGGCACGAGCGCACUGACCCUUGAACUCUCUCUCUCUCUCUCUCUCUCUCUCUCUGUGUAAAUUAUACUAUACUAGUACUACUAUGUAGCUAUUUGAGUCAUUUGACUAUAAAAGGAGUGUUAUUGAUAUACUUAAUUAGUAGAAAAUGUACGUAGCUUACUCAUAAGACAAUUUGCAUCAUGAGAUGAUAAUAAGACAAUUUGCAUCAUGAGAUGAUAAUGAAUGGAAUUAGCUUUGUCACA